UUGCUCCGUGUGGCGUUACUCGUAGAUUCGACGAAACGCAAGGGUGUUCUGGGUAUUAUCUUCUCUUUAACCUCAAUCCUUUUUCUUGAUUGAUAUACUAAACACCAAACAGCAAUAAAGGGAGCAAAGCAGUACUUGCGUCGUGUUCGGUUCUGUUCUGUUCAGCGAGUAAAGACAAAAAUCUCAAAACCCAAAAAUCACAUCGCAAAAUCAAACCAAUCCGAAUGACAUGAGCGCGUGCAUCCAAACCUAGCCGCUGUCGCCGCCAUGUCCCGCACCGCCUCCUCCGCUCACUGGACCUCCGACGCCGUCCGCGGGGGAUCCCUCCGCCCCGUCGACCUUGACUCUGGCACCAACGGCUGGGCAUCCCCUCCCGGCGACCUCUUCCUUCUCCGCUCUCCCAAUUACUUCACCAAACACCAAAAAUCCCCCGCCGGCGACUACCUACUGGCACCGGCAGGUAUGGACUGGCUAAAAUCCCAAUCGAAGCUCGACAACGUCCUCGCUCGGCCCGACAACCGUGUGGGUCAGGCCCUCCGCCGGGCCCAGGCCGAAGGCAAAGCCCGGAAGAGCUUCAUCUUCGCCGUCAACCUGCAGGUCCCGGGGAAAGAGCACCACAGUGCGGUAUUCUACUUUUUCACUGACGAACCGGUUCCCUCCGGUUCACUCCUGGGGCGGUUCAUCGAUGGCGACGACGCGUUCCGAAAUCAGCGGUUCAAGCUGGUGAACCGGAUCGUGAAGGGACCUUGGAUCGUGAAAAAAGCGGUGGGGAAUUACAGCGCGUGCUUGUUGGGAAAGGCGCUAACGUGUAACUAUCACAGGGGACCGAACUACUUCGAGAUUGACGUGGACAUUGGGAGCAGUGCCAUCGCCAACGCUAUCCUGCGCCUCGCGUUGGGCUACGUCACCAGCGUCACCAUCGAUAUGGGAUUCGUCGUGGAGGCGCAGGCGGAGGAGGAGCUCCCGGAAAGGCUCAUCGGAGCGGUCAGGGUUUGCCAGAUGGAGAUGUCCGCCGCCACAGUUGUCGAUGCGCCCAACGCUCCGCGCGGCAACAAGGUCAACCACCUCAGUGGUAACGAUGAGUAAAAGUUUUAGAUUAAUAAAUAAAUAAAAUAUAACAGUGUAUUUUUUUAAUAUUAAAUGUUUAUUUAGAUGAUUUAAUUUCGCAUCCCCUUCCGCUUGGUCCUCGUUAUCGGUGUAUUAUUAGGCUCUUUUUUCGGUGAGUAAUAAAUAAUUCACUGAAUUUCGGUCC